CUCACAUCACGCGUCACGCGCAGUCGGUCGACGCAUGUCCAGGUCGCAGGUCGAUGAGUGGACGGGUCGUGGUCGUAAUCGUAAUCAGCGAGAGAAGGAGGAUCACAAUCGGAUUUCGCGUUUCACAUCGGGUCGCGUCAGAUCAGGUCAGAUUAGUUAAUUAUCGUCGUUGUGAUAAAUAAUCGCGCGGAGCAGAGAUGUUUCACAUACGGAGUCUUACGCGAUCAUCAAUCGCCCUGAAGCAAGCACCGGGCAAUGACGUCGUGCAGAGCGUGCUGGCGCGCGCUGCGCUGGCUGCCGUUCAAACGGCAGCCCGUCGUGGAUAUGCCGAUCACCAAAUUCCAGACCGUCUCAAGGACGUGCCUGAAGCACCGAACCCUAGGUUCUUCGAUAUGGUGGAAUAUUUUUUUCAUCGCGCCUGCCAAAUCAUCGAAGACAAGUUGGUCGAGGACAUCAACAAACGAUCGCGCGUACCCAUCGAAGAUCGCAAGAAGAAGGUCAAGGGUAUCUUGAUGCUCAUGGAGCCCUGCGACCAUAUCCUCGAAACCACGUUUCCGCUCAGACGCGAUUCCGGUGACUAUGAGAUGAUCACCGGCUAUCGUGCCCAGCACUCGACUCAUCGAAUACCCUGCAAAGGAGGUAUCCGCUUCUCGAUGGACGUUUCACGGGAUGAAGUUAAGGCUCUGUCGGCUCUAAUGACAUUCAAAUGUGCGUGCGUCGACGUGCCUUUUGGCGGCGCUAAAGCCGGCAUUAAGAUCAAUCCUAAAAAUUAUUCGGAACACGAAUUGGAGAAAAUUACCAGGAGAUUUACGUUGGAAUUAGCAAAGAAGGGAUUCAUCGGACCUGGUGCUGAUGUACCCGCCCCCGAUAUGGGAACCGGCGAGCGAGAAAUGUCCUGGAUAGCCGAUACUUAUGCAAAAACUAUCGGCCACCUUGAUAUCAACGCUCACGCUUGCGUCACUGGCAAACCCAUUAACCAGGGUGGCAUCCAUGGCCGCAUUUCCGCGACAGGCCGUGGAGUGUUUCAUGGAUUAGAGAAUUUUAUCAAUGAGGCUAAUUAUAUGAGCAUGAUCGGUACUACACCUGGCUGGGGAGGCAAGACAUUUAUUCUCCAAGGUUUUGGUAAUGUAGGUUUGCAUUCGAUGCGUUACUUACAUCGUGCGGGUGCGGCUUGCAUAGGCGUGAUUGAACACGAUGGAUCCAUUUAUAAUUCAGAAGGUAUCGAUCCAAAGGAAUUAGAAGAAUAUCGCAUAGAAAAUGGUACUAUCAUUGGCUUUCCUGGAGCCAAGCCAUACGAAGGCGAAAAUCUUAUGUAUGAGCCGUGCGACAUAUUUAUACCCGCUGCCAUAGAGAAAGUAAUUACCAAAGAAAACGCCGGACGUAUUCAGGCAAAGAUAAUUGCGGAAGCUGCCAACGGACCAACCACUCCUGCCGCAGAUAAGAUUCUAAUCGAUAGGAAUAUUCUUGUAAUCCCGGAUCUGUAUAUUAAUGCCGGUGGUGUCACAGUCUCAUUUUUUGAAUGGUUAAAGAACUUGAACCACGUAUCGUACGGUCGUUUGACCUUCAAAUACGAGAGAGAAUCCAAUUAUCAUCUCUUAGAGUCGGUACAGGAGUCUCUGGAACGUAGGUUUGGUCGUGUUGGCGGUCGUAUUCCCGUCACACCAUCCGAAGCUUUCCAGAAGCGUAUAUCCGGUGCUUCCGAAAAAGACAUUGUCCAUUCUGGUCUGGAUUAUACAAUGGAAAGAUCCGCUAGGGCCAUUAUGAAGACUGCCAUGAAAUUCAAUCUUGGACUCGAUUUGAGGACAGCCGCAUAUGCCAAUUCGAUUGAAAAGAUAUUUACUACUUACUCAGAGGCCGGUCUCGCUUUCUAAAUAUUUUAGUCGCAAAAUUACAUACAGCGAAUAUUAUAACGAUAAAGACAAAGUCAGUUUUUACCGGUUGAUCGCAACAAGUGACUCGAUAUAUCGACCAAUGAAUAGAUCCGUAGAUAACGGUUGAUGGUUAUGUCAAGUUGCGAAUAACAAAGUCUCUCGAAACUCGCGAUGGAAGCGUAUUUCAUAUAGCAUUGUCAUUUAUCACUAUUUCGCACUGUAAUAAUUUGCCUCCGUUAUACAUACAUACAUAUAUAUACAUAGAGAGGGAGAGAGAGAGAGAGAUUUGUGUAAAUCAGAUAUUAAAAAAUCGCCAAAUAACUACGAAAUAGCAUUCAAAAAGAAAUCGAUAUUGAUUAUCCUUUCUGCAAGAUGGAUCACAAAGGUAAAACCCGUGCAUUUUUAUAUUUCACUUUUUAUGCAUAUAACUUAAAAUAUGAGAAAGUAUCGUGUAUUCAAGCCUUUAACGAUAUUACUGUACCAGCAAUGAAAAGGAAAUAUUUAUAAUUUUAUCAUUUACGACAAAGAAUUGAUUUUCACCGAAGCUUAGAAAGCAAUUCGAGACACGUAUAUCUAACUAGAUAUACAACGCGUGAUAGGAUUAUCAUAUACAUGCAAGAUUUUGCUAGUAAAAACACUCAAUUUUGAAAUUAAGCGUUCAUUUACAUAGAUACCGUAAAAUGCAGUUUAUGAUGUAUAUCUGAUAUAUCGAGUGCAUUUUAAUAAGUGCCAUCGCAACAAUACGCAGUAAUUGUCGCGCGAUAAAAAAUAUUGAAAUCGCAAAAAUAAAUUUAUAGAUUAUAAUUAA